CCUAGUUGUUAUAGCAACAUAACAACUAACUGACCCGUUGAAAGCAGACCUUGUUCCUGACAUUUGAAACCUGCCUCAGCUCCCUGUUUUAUCCCGGUUUAACCCCCACAGAUGAUGGAGCGGCCCCGCUACUUCACCCCCUCUGAAGUGGCCUCUCACUGCACCUCAGCAGACCUGUGGGUGUCCUUCCUGGGCAGAGUGUGCGACCUGAGCCCGCUGAUGAGCCGGUACCAAGGAGAUGUUCUGCUGCUGCCCAUCAUGGAGUGUGCAGGAAAAGACAUCAGCAGCUGGUUUGACCCCAAAACCAAAGAUAUCCUGAAGUUUGUGGACCCUCUGACCUGCUGUGAGCGGUACUACACCCCCAGGGGGCGCUUUGUGCACGUCCCCCCUAACGGUCCCUGCUCUGACUGGGACAGUGACAUCGGGCAGCCGUGGUGGAAGGACCGCAGAUACGAGGUGGGGCUGCUGUCGGCCAAGACCAGGUGGAUCCGGAUCCUCAACACGCUGACGUCCCAGGAGCAGCUGCUGGAGGUUCUUGACCAUGUUCUGAGAUGUUCCUGCCUCACAGAAUCCCUGCUGGUUCCUCAGGUGUGCUCUGAGGAGACUCUGGAGGAAAUCCUUCAGCGGUUCCUACGCUUCAACAGCCACGCCCGCGGCUACACCUGGAAGCACCAGGGACAGAUCCUGGACAUGAGGAAGACGCUGGCCGAGAACGGCAUCAUGGAUGAUGACCUGGAGCUGGACCAGCUGAGGCUGGACCGAGACAUCUUCAUCCCCACUAUCCUGCUUGACUUCAAUGAUGACCUCACAGAGGGAUGAGGUCUUCCUGUGUCCUCAGUCCGGCAGCAGGACAUGAAACAGACUCUCCUCAGCCUGAGAUAUUAAACCUGAACUUCCUGAUGUGUAGUCCAACAGGUCACAUGAUCAUUCAGAGCUCUGGGUCUGGAGAAACACCUGGAAACACCUCAAUGUGAACACUCACACCAAGAGCUUUAGAUCAUCUCCUCAGCCUGAAGCUUUCUGACUUGGCUCUCUGCUCUUUAGGGACCCUUCAGACGCUCUCUGAGGGGAAGUGUUUCUGCUAAAGGUUCUGACAUCAAA